AUGGGAGCCAAAUGCGGCAAGCCGGCCGCUAAGAAGCCCGGGCGUCGGGGCCCUCAGGACUUGAAAGAAAGAAAGCCAGCUGAGAAGGACGAAACAGAAGAGCAGCAGCAGCAGCAGCAGCAGCAGCAGCAAGAGGAGGAGGAGGAGCGGCUGCGGCAGCAGCGGCAGCGAGAGGAAGAGGAGAGACAGCGGCAGCUGCUGCUGCAGCAGCAGCGCGAAGAGGAGGAGCGGCGGCGCCGGCAGGAAGAGGAGGCAGCAGCAGCAGCAGCUGCUGCUGCUGCUGCUGCUGCUGCGGCGGAGGCGGAGAGGAAGAGACAAGAGGAAGAGGCGGAGAGAAAGAGACAGGAAGAGGAAGCAGCAGCAGCAGCUGCUGCAGCAGCAGCAGCAGCAGCAGCAGAAGAGGAGCGGCGGCGGCAGGAGGAAGCAGAAAGGGAACGGCAGAGACAAGAAGAAGAAGAGCGAGAGCGGCAGCGAGCAGCAGCAGAAGCAGCAGCAGCAGCAGAAGCAGCAGCAGCAGCAGCAGCAGAAGAGGAGGCUCGGCGAGCAGCAGCAGCAGCAGCGGCGGCGAAGAAGGCAGAGAAGGAGCGGCAGCGGCAGCUGCGGCAGCAGCAGCGGGAGCAGCAGCAGCUGCUGCUGCAGCAGCAGCAGCAGCAAAAAAGACAAAAGAAAUUCCUCGUUUGCGAGAAGCAAAUGAAACUCAUCAGCAGCAGCUGCGGCUGCAGCCUGCAGCAGCACGAAGAAGCAGAUUGUGUAGUUUGUCGUUUUGUGGACUUGGCAGACACUCCUCUUUUUGCAUAA